AUGUCUUUGAAUAACCGAAAAGUAUCUAAACUUCCUACAAGCCGCAUCCGAGGUGUUCUUAAUUCUCCGGGAAAACUCCGAAAUGUUAAGGCACCUUCGGUGAAAAGGAUUACGCCUUCAAUUGAUUCUCAGAGUAAACUCAGAAAUGUUAAGGCACCUUCGGUGAAAAAGAUUACGUCUUCAGUUGACUCUGGUCGCACAACUCAAAGAAUACCACCAGCAGGCAUCAUUAAAAAAAGCACUACUGUUCGUAGCCGAAUUCAAUUUCCACCGCCACCACCCCAGCCUCCUUCACAAACCGAAAUCUUACAAGAAAAAAAUGCAAUUCUUAAAGAUCAAAUUGAACAGUUGGUUAAAGAAAAAGAAUGCAUAAACGUCAUAAGCGCACAGUGUAAAAUUGAAAUUCAGGAGAUAGAACGCGAAAAAGAAGAGUACACUGCAGAAAUUGCUAAGAUAGGGGGGCGAGUGAAUAAUGCGCAGGCUCGUAAGAAAGAAGUAGAAGACAAAAUUCUAGAUUUGAAAAAAAAAUGUGAAGUUUUGUCUGACGAGAAAUCUGAAUUGACUUCCCAAGUUGAAAUUUACAGGAAAGAAUUUGAAUUGGCUCAAAAUUCCAUUCGGGAACAAGAUGAAAAGAUCGCAUUCAAUUUAAAUCUUAAUCAAGACUUGACGACUAAACUACAAGAACACGAGUAUCUUCGACGAGACCUUCAUAACUUAGUUCAGGACCUUAAAGGAAACAUUCGCGUCUUCUGUCGAGUUCGACCACCUCUCGAGUCUGAAUGUGAUGACCUCGCUGACUUUAAGUUUCCGAAAGAAAUACCAGUCAGCAGAAAAAUUUCCCUCGCUUCAACCACAACCAAUUAUCGAGGGUUGAAGAAAGAAAGAUUAAAGGAUUAUGAGUUUGAUCAAGUAUUUGGCCCUGAAACAACACAGAAAGAAAUUUUCAAUGAAGUUGCGCAUAUAGUUCAAUCAGUUGUAGAUGGAUAUAAUGGGUGUAUUUUUGCAUAUGGUCAAACUGGUGCGGGUAAGACCUAUACAAUGGCAGGCCCUAAUGAUCCAACACCGGAAACUGAAGGAAUGAUCCCACGUGCAGUUCGCCUGAUCUAUGACCUCAUACAGAACCUUAAGGCACAAUGUUGGGUGUUUAAAAUGGAGGGUCAAUUCAUUGAGAUAUACAAUGACACCAUUCGGGAUCUGCUUUCAAUAAAUCUUUCUCAUUCUAAUGGUACAAAAUAUAAAACGGAACACGAUGAAAAUACUGGAACAACAAGAAUUUUAAAUGCAAAAACUGGCAAGUUGAACCUUGACUCUCCUGAAACUCUCAAUCGGGUAUUAAGAGUUGCCGCUCAAAAUCGUGCAGUUGCUGCAACAAAAUGCAAUGCACGAUCAUCGCGCAGCCACAGUGUCUUUAUGAUCCGACUAGCCGGAAGUAAUGAUAAUCUGAAAGAAAGUCGAGUUGGUUCGUUGAAUUUGAUCGACUUAGCGGGUUCAGAACGACUCUCCAAAUCCGAGUCUAAAGGUGAUCAACUUCAAGAAGCUAAGCAUAUCAAUUCUAGUCUGAGUCAUCUUAAGACC